GCCUCUUCUUGUUGCCUUUCAUCUCCAUGGGUUAUUUUUUUAAUGCAUUCUUUCUUUCUCAAUCCCACGCGCCUCUCCAAUCUGCAGAAAGGUGAAAAGGGGCCAGGAGUGAGGCACAGGAUGGCUUUCCUCUAUCUGCUGCUUCAUUCCCCACCUCCGACAUGAAUAGGGCCCUUCAUACAUGCCUCAAAAAAGAAACACAGAUGCUUUUGUUUGGAGGACUUGUAGGGUAGGAUGGAAUUAAUAAAUCAGAGAGCUGAUAUUGUACUGCUACAUUCUUGCAAUUUUAAGGCACAAUCAUGAAAGGCAAGUGGGGUAGGGAUUGGGUUUAGUUAAUUUAUCUUUAGAGAAAGUCUUUUGCCAACCUCUUCCAUGUUCCUCUCCAUGCAGCUCUUCCUUUUGUAUUCUCUUUCCUCAACAACUAAACAUUACAUCAAAGCCAUCUAAUGCAUCUUCAGAGCAGCAAUAAGAAGAUCAGGGUUAAGGGAAGGGCUUUCUACAGAUAAAAUGUUUAUUCCUGCAAGCCAGUUUCAUGAAGCUAUGAUUCCCUUCACAGAGAUGUAAGAACAUUAGAAAUCUUGGCCUCCAAUAUAUUUCUGGAUAGCAAUUCCUACCCAGCAACUCAUGUUAAAGGCCUCCAGAGGAAACACUGUUGUAACCUGACAGACAGGAAUGUGGAUGGAAGCCUCUAAAAAAGUUGCCAGAUGUGGGCACUCAGCAUCUGAGGAGAGGCUUGGGGACACCAGCCUCCAACAGAUCCCAGGAUUGCCAGGAGGCUAAAAAUCUGCCUGAGGAAUUCCAUUUUCCCAAACCCAUUGAUGUCAAGGCAUGUCCCCUGCUAUGACAGAAAACUGGGAGAUGCCCAAGCACCAGAAGCUCUGUGCAGCAUGCUAAGGAGACGUAACCUUCUCACCACGCUUCUGAUUGCUUUGCCAUGGGGUCUUCUCCUAACUUUGUGGCAUCAGUACCCAGCCACCCGCUACCUCAGCCUUCUAAGAAAGGAAACAGAUGAAAAUGUGACAGCCAAAUCCCUCUUCAACAGCACAUCCCUAGUGAGGGAAGAUGGGCUUCCGUCUUGUGUUCGGCAACCAGCCAUUGGAACUACUCCAAAAAUAAUCCGGAGCUUCAUGUACUCCAGGCCUCCCCCAUGGUCAGACACACUACCUGCCAUAUUUGUGAUCACACCGACUUACACCAGGCCAGUGCAGAAGGCUGAGCUGACCCGACUGGCCAAUACUUUCCUCCAUGUGCAGAAUCUCCACUGGGUAGUAGUGGAGGACUCACCCAGAAGGACUAAUUUAGUAUCUAAUCUGUUGGAAAAGGCAGGGAUCAAUUUUACUCACCUGAACAUCGAGACUCCUAAGAGCCUAAAAGUGGGCAUGUCCUGGAUCCCGUCUCACACUCCAAGAGGCACGUUCCAGAGGAAUCUUGGACUGCAUUGGUUGAGACAAAGCUUCAGCACCAUAUCACCGCCAGAGGGUGUAGUGUACUUUGCUGAUGAUGAUAAUACCUAUAGCUUGGAGCUGUUUGAAGAGAUGCGCUAUACAAAGAAGGUCUCCGUAUGGCCUGUUGCCUUUGUUGGUGGUCUCAGAUAUGAGUCUCCCAAAGUGAGUCCAGCUGGCAAAGUGAUAGGCUGGACAACAGUGUUUGACCCAAACCGUCCUUUUGCCAUCGACAUGGCUGGCUUUGCCAUCAACAUCAGAUUAAUCCUGGAGAAGCCGCAAGCCAAUUUCAAGCUAGAUGGAGUGAAAGGAGGUUAUCAAGAAACUAGUUUACUGAAGGACCUGGUGACCAUGGAUGGAUUGGAGCCUAAAGCUGCCAACUGCACAAAGGUCUUGGUCUGGCACACAAGGACUGAAAGGCCAACACUGGUUAAUGAAGGCAAACAUGGAUUCACUGAUCUAAGGGUGGAAGUGUAGAGAAAUUGUCUUAACUCUAUGGUCACUUUACAUAUCUCUACACUUGCUCGACAGCACACUGAUACAACAAUCAAAAAUAAAAAUUGUCCUUGCUUCUAGCUUCCAGCUCUCCUAAAGCCAUGAAAGAAAGAAACAAAAUGAAUGUCAUCCCAAGUCCUUUUGCUUUGUACUCUGAUGAUUCGCCAUGUAACCAAAAAAAAAAAAAACAUGUUUCUGAAUUUGUAUUUAUUUCUUGGAUGAUGUUUAAUGAACAGAAACAGUUCUCUCUGUAUAUCAUCUUGGACAAUGCAAGAAGAGCCAGGUUUGCACAGAAGACAGAUCUCUUUUUGCUAGCAUACCAGCAUACCCAAAUAAAUUUUUGAAGCCCUGUUUUGAGAAGCAAUAAUAUAUGUGCUUCUACAUAUUUUCUUUCCAAUGCAUGGCACUUCAAAAGGAAGGCAUCCCUGUUGUAUUAGGUAACAAUAAAGUGUUACUGCAUCAUUUAAAAAUAAAGGAUGCUCUCAGAAUGGCUUAAGCCCAUAUUUUGUCUGAGGGAAUCCUCACUGAGGAAAUCUUCACUGGGCAGUUCUAGUUCAGAAAUGCCUAUGAUUCAUACUUUAGGAAUUAGUUCAGUCCUCCAUCAGGUCUUUUGUUAACAUCCAAAAUGCAGCACAAGGUCUCAGCCACCUCCAAUUAUUCUUGGAUGUAAAUUGCCAACUGAGCCAGAAAGUGCAAGCCAUUAACAUCAUGGAUCUGACAGCAACUCAACAGGAUCAAAUUGUCAUCUGCAGUAUUUAACCUAUUGUCAUAAGAGAGAGAGGAGGCCACUCUAAAGCCAGCACUUCUUAACCUUUCUCGGUUGGUGGAAUGAUACCCUGGACAAUAGCUAGGUUAUGGUUUCCCGGAUCCAGAGGCACAAUGUUGGCAACUGCUGGAAAAAGAUUACUGCACUAGAUGGAUCUUUGAUCCAGCAGGACUCUUCUUGUGUUCAUGUAGUGUUGUAGUUCUCUUGCACAUUCCUAGAUGCUUUGUGUACAUGCAUGAUCAAUUUCAGUUCAUUACUUGGCUGGACUGCUAUGAACUCUGAUGAAGCAACAUUUUCAGAGUGAGCAAAGAAUGUUCAGUCAUAGAUACGAAACUUAAUACCGUACAUAGGACAAUGGGAUGCUGGGGAAAUUACACCAACUGGCGUUGUUGAGAAAAAGAACUGAGACAAAUGUUGAAGGAAAUGGUUCCUAUAUUUCCUGGUUGCUGAAGACAGAAGGAUUCAUGGAACAUGAAGCAAAAAUCAAAAACUAACCAUCUACAAUUUUAUUUGUAUUUAAAGAAGUACUGCCAGAAUAUCAGCAUGGUUUGGGACUGGUGUAGAUUUGAAAGGGAAAUUUAAAAGGGAUUCAUGGGCCAAAGACAUGGAUUGUAAUGGACUGUAAAGAUUUGAUGAUAGCACAAUUGUUUCUCUCUGUGGUGGGUUCUGCUCACAAAACAAAACAAAAAAGCACACCCCUGGUGUUUCCUGUGUUUUAAAAUUUCUGACAGUUGACAAAACUGAACUUUUUUGAAGUUUCUGAGCCAACCCUGAAAAGGUAGCAGGGCACCAGUUCAUUUUGUAGCUUAUAACAUGGGCCUUCUCUGCCCUACCCCAUUUAUUAUAUUAACCUAGAUCAUCUGG